AUGAUCGACGAGGGGGUGGAGUCGGUCUUGGGCCUCUUGGGGCCAGCGCCUGCGUUAGCUGCGUGGUCCAUCGGUUUCGGUGGUCUCGGUGUGAUGCUGACGGGUCCACUCGACCGACCGUGCCGCGAUAUGGCCGGGACACACGGGCACAGCCUGCUGGGGAUCUCCGAUUAUCGUGGUGCCUACCGUGGCUCGACACGUUGCUCGAGGCUGUUUGUUGUGUGA